AUGACUCGCAGGCUGGCAUUGAAUGUAUGGCGCCGAUGGCGAGCCAAAGAGAGCCGCCGUCGAAAUAAAUUACAUGGAAAACUGCCGGACACUUCUAUCGAAACACUCAGACACCCGAAACAAUGGCAGCUCGACUACCAGCUAGAAGAUACUGGAUCGUUGGGCCUUUACCAGGAAUAUUCGGAGAUGGUCAUUCAGUACGGAUUUGUGGUCAUGUUCACAACGGCAUUUCCACUGGCUCCGUUGUGUGCUCUUUUAAAUAAUGUAUUAGAACAACGUUUAGACGCGUUCAAAAUGGUAGCAGCUCAGCGACGUCCAGUUCCUUCCUACUACUGUACUAACACAAAAUAUAUUAAUAACGUCACUCGAGGUCACGUAACAUGUUGCGAUAACUGUAACAAGUUGUGCACGUGGAUACGAGUGUUGAAGAUUAUGUCAUUAAUCUCAGUAUUGUAUAACGCAUUUAUGAUUGCAUUCACCAGUGACCUGUUACCCCGAUAUGUGUAUUCUCAAAUCUCGACAGGAACGUCGUCUUCGUUGGACGGCUACGUCGCUUGGUCUUUAUCCUCAAAGAGAAAUGUGACAGAAUACUACUACGGAAAAUUAGAAAACAUAGAUGGACCUGAAACAUGUUGGUACAGGGGAUACGGCGCUGAUGCUGGUUCAGAGCACAAUGACUACAGGAAAUGGCAAGUGUUGGCUGCUCGAUUGGCGUUUGUCGUGAUAUUUGAGCAUUGCGUAAUAGCAUCCAUCGCUGCCUUGGUGUAUUUCAUUCGGAGAAGGUUCCCCAAGUACAAAACCCACGCGGAGCCAAACGCCGACAAUCCGUCAGGUGACAGAUCUGUUGCAGGUACGAGGGUCGUCACUGGCUCCUGUGGCUCUUCGUCCUUAAUCUAUGCGGCGGAUGGCUUUUUGGCCAAUUCACACGACAAGAAUGAAGAAAAACGGUCUCGUGCGUUCGACGUAAAUCCAGUGGAUGUGCCGUCAACUUUGGUAGUAGUCGACAUGGAAAACGACGAUCAAGAAAAAUGGACGAAUCACGAAUACUCGAAAACGAGCCAGGAUUCACUACGUUUUGCAGCGACUUGA